AUGCGCCACACCAGCUGCUCUCUUGGCUGCCAGCCGACCUGCUCUGUGCCUAUCUGCUGCAAGCCAGUGUGCUGUGUCCGUCCCUGCUGCCGACCGGCCUCCUGUGUGGCCCUGCUGUGCCGCCCACUGUGCCCCGUGGUGACCACCUGCCAGGAAGCCUGUGGAGCUGGCAGCUGCUCCCCCUCAUGUUGUGGAGGCAGCCCCUGCCAAUCCACCUACUGCCAGGCUGGCCCCUGCAGCCCCACCUGCUGCAUGCCCAGCUCCUGCCAGGCUUCCUGCUGUGUGCCCAGCCUCUGCCAGUCUGCCUUCUGCUUGCCUAUCUGCUGCAAACCCGCUCUGUGUGUGCCCCUGUGCUGCAAACCUGUGGCCUGUAGGAUCCCCUCCUGCCAGGCCUCCUGCACCUCCCUGCUCUGUGGACCCUCCUGCACCCCCUCCUGCUGCUGA